CUGUCUUAUCUAUAAUAUUGUGUGGAGGAAAAGGGAAGAGCGUGUGUGGGAGAAUAUCAGCUUCCCUCCCUGCGAAUCGGAGUGUCCGUGCGUGAGUGCGAGGGGCUGCUAGUGGGCGGGACUGGGAGGAGCAGCGACGGAGAGUUUAUUUGCCAACCUUGGCUGCAGAGGAGCUGAGAAUGGGGAGAGCUGAGCUGUAGAGCCGACACACAGCAGCCUUACAAGUCUCUUCUCCCUGCCAGUCAGCAGCCAGUGCAGCCGGUGCAGCCGGCCAAUGUCUCACAGUCUCUCCUGCUCUCACUGACACACACACUAGUCCCACUGGGACAGGAGCUACAGGAAAGAACCGACAAACUUCCAGACGGAAGGCAAGAGCCCUUAAAUUCCAUGGGACCCAAAGUGCUCUUCAGAGACAGGGGACUGGAGAAUGAAAGAAAAUCUUUCGGAUGUGACUGGUGCAAAGGAUGUCUGAAGCAUUAAAGGACUCAAUUACAUUCUAUUCAUGUAGUUCAGAAAACUGUUCCAUCAAAAUGGGGAGGAUAGCAUCAGAGAAGAAUGAGAACAGAACCGAGGAUAUUAAAACUGAACUGAACACCUGGUAUUAUGCCGCUGGGCUUACCACACCAUAUAAUGAACUCACUAAACCAGAGUUGAUCGACAUAACCAAACUUCUAAGUGUUCAAGUUGUUCUCAUCUUGGCCUACAGUUCUAUUAUCCUUCUGGGAGUAAUAGGAAACAGCCUUGUCAUUUAUGUUGUCAUUAAGUUUAAAACCAUGCGAACUGUCACAAACUUUUUCAUAGUCAAUCUGGCCGUGUCCGACUUAAUGGUGAAUACACUGUGCCUGCCUUUCACAUUGGUUUAUACUCUCCUAGAUGAUUGGAAAUUUGGAACAGUAUUGUGCCAUUUAGUUACAUAUUCUCAAGGUCUUGCAGUUCAGGUAUCCACAGUCACACUGAUGGUUAUAGCCUUGGACAGGCAUCGAUGCAUUGUGUACCAUUUAGAGAGCAAAAUAUCCACUAACAUUUGCUUUAUGAUCAUAGGCAUUACAUGGGUUUGUAGUGCCCUGCUGGCCAGUCCUUUGGCAAUCUUCAAGGAGUAUUCUGUUAUUGUUAUUUCAAGUGAUUUCCAAAUUCAAGCAUGCUCAGAAAAUUGGCCAGUAGGGGAUCUUAAUUAUGGUACUAUUUAUAGCAUAUCAAUGCUGCUGAUACAAUACAUAGUGCCGCUAGCCAUCAUUUCUUAUGCUUAUAUAAGAAUAUGGACAAAAUUAAAAAAUCACGUUAGUCCUGGUGGAGGAAAUGAUCAUUACCAUCAACGGAGACGCAAGACCACCAAGAUGUUAGUGGCUGUAGUAGUGGUGUUUGCAGUGUGUUGGCUUCCAUUUCAUGCCUUUCAGCUUGCAAGUGACAUCGAUGGCAAAGUGUUGGACCUGAAUGAGUAUAAACUGAUUUAUACAAUAUUCCAUGUCAUUGCCAUGUGCUCCACCUUCGCCAAUCCUCUCCUUUAUGGGUGGAUGAACAACAAUUAUAGAACUGCGUUUCUCACAGCUUUUAAAUGUGAACAGAGGAUGGAUUCUAUACAUCCAGAGGUUUCUGUAGCUAUUCAGCUCAAGAAGAAGCAACUAGAAGUAAAAGAGAUUAAUGGAACAAGUGGCAAUAGUCAUGGAACUUGCACGCCAAUUGCAAACGUGUGAUAAAACCAGACUGAAAGCAGCUUAACUCAUGAAGUCUUUUUGGUUCUUCUGUGAUCUCUUUUUCGAUUUUACUAGGAACAUCGCUGAAACUGCAGACCAACUUCUGUUUAAUGUAAAGUGUGUGAAUGAUAUAAAGUAAUCAUUAGGGAUUUUCAGAAGAUCUAUAUCUCUGGGAAGAUCUAUAUUUGUGACAGCAAGAAGACACUGGCCAAACAAGAUAGCUCAGAAAAUCCAUUUUUGCAAAGCAAAGCUGCUACAGAGUCACAUGUCUAAACUCAAUAAAAGGGUUGUUAUAUUCCAUUCUGUAAUGUACACGGGAGUUUGACUUAAUGCCAAAUAAUUAACUGCCUCUGGACAUCAGUAAUCCCAUCGGCUUGUAUAUAUUGUCCAUUAUUAAUGAAGGUUUCAUUAUGAAUAAUGCUUACUAAUAAUCUUGGGAUGCUUGUAUAUAUUGUGCAGUAUUCUAAAUGUUUUCUCUUGGGUUUGCAUGCACUGGCUAAGUAACGUAAUACAAAUAUAUUUACCUGU